AAUUAUUGCCGCACUAAGACGUCGCAAUGAGCGAACAUGGAGGCAACGAGGACCACCAGGACAUAUCCCCUGAGAUGCGGGUUCCUGUGGAGGAGGAGACUAUUAAGAUACUUCUAGCAACUGAUAAUCACAUUGGGUACAAUGAGAGAGAUCCAAUACGAGGCCAGGAUUCUAUCAACACGUUCAAGGAGAUCCUGCAGCUGGCCGUCAAGCACGACGUCGACCUGAUCCUUCUCGGAGGCGACCUCUUUCAUGAAAACCGCCCAUCACGAGAUACAUUGUUCCAAGUCAUGGCACUUUUGCGUGAAUACACAUUAGGCGACAAGCCGAUACAAAUAGAACUGUUGAGUGACCCUGAUGACGGUAAACCACCUGGAUUCCCGUUUCCGGCGAUAAACUACGAGGACCCCAACUUCAACGUCGCUAUACCAGUAUUUUCGAUCCAUGGAAACCAUGAUGACCCUCAGGGCGCUGGUCCUGAAGGCGCACUAUGUGCGCUCGACCUCCUCUCAGCCGCGGGCUUGGUUAAUUACAUGGGCAAGUUCGAUUUGCCCCUCAAUGACAAGGAAGCCCAAAAUACUGGUAUCGCAAUAAAACCAGUCCUUCUGAGAAAGGGCACCACCAAGCUGGGUAUGUACGGCGUGGGUAAUGUCAAAGACCAACGAAUGCACUUUGAGUUGCGGAGUAAUCGGGUCAGAAUGUUCAUGCCUAGAGACAAGGAUAACUGGUUCAACAUUCUCAUCAUCCACCAAAACCGAGUAAAACAUGGUCCUCAAGAAUUCGUGCCCGAAGGCAUGUUUGACGAUAGCAUAGAUCUCGUGAUAUGGGGACAUGAACACGACUGUCGCAUCGUCCCGGAGCCUGUCCCGGGUAAGAAGUAUUACAUAUGUCAGCCAGGCUCCUCCGUCGCAACCUCCUUGGCCGAUGGGGAGUCAUUAGAGAAACACGUUGCCCUGCUCCAAAUCCAGGGCAAAGAGUUUCAAUUGACUCCGAUACCUCUGCGGACAGUGCGGCCUUUCGUCCUGGACGAGGUCGUGCUCAGUGAAGAGGCGGAGACUGGCGGUUUCGACUUAACUGACCAAAUGGAGAUCACAAAAUAUCUGAAGUCAAGAGUCAACGCCCUUAUUGACCAAGCCAAUACUCUCUGGGAUGAGCGCAAUUCAAGAGCCGUGGAAGAAGGGGAAGACGAGCUCCCGAGGAUGCUGCCCUUGGUCCGGCUGAAGGUAGACACAACAGGCGUUCCGGAAAUGUCCAACCCCAUCCGCUUCGGUCAAGAAUUCUCAGGGCGCAUCGCGAACCCGCGGGAUGUGCUCACCUUUCACCGCGCCAAGAAGACCGCGGGCCGCAGCAAAGUCAGCAUCGACCAGCCGGAGCUGAGCAUCGACGACCCUGAGCUGUCCAUCUCGGAGAAGCUCAGCAAGGUGCGCGUUCAGACGCUCGUGCAGGAGUACCUUGCGGCGCAGGAGCUGCAGCUACUUGCGGAGGGCGGGAUGAGCGAUGCCAUACAGGUGUUUGUGGAUAAGGACGAUCCGCAUGCGAUCGAAUCGCAUGUAAAGAGGACAUUGAAGUUGCUGCUCAAGGACGUCCAGGCGAACGGGGAUAUGGAAGAGGAAGAGCUAGAGGAAGCGCUCGCCAAGGCUAAGGAACAGCAGGAGAAGGAGCAUGCUGAACAGGAACGACAAGCACCUUCGAAAACGAAGGGUAAAGGCAAGGCCACCGCAGAGGACUCGGAUGCCUCCGUCGACUCCAUGAUGAUGGAUGUAGACGCGGGCGGCGGGUCCGAUUUCGAGGCUCUGGACGACUCCGACGCGCCUCCACGACCCAAGAAGAAGGCAGCCGCGCCGAAGAAGACGGCCGCGGCAGCCAAGAAAGCGCCUGUGAGAGGUAGAGGGAAGAAGGCUGCCGUCCCCUCGGACGACGAGGAUGACGACGAAGUAAUAGACGACGACGAAGAGUUCUCCAAACCGACCAAGCGGACAAACAGAGCAGCAGUGUUGAGUCAAGCCACAGCCGCCAAGAAGCCAGCAGCAAAAAAGGCGACGACCAAGACGACUGCCAAUAAACAAUCAACACUAAGCUUCGCGCCGUCGGGCGCUGCGCGGACCUCGAGGGCGGCAGCGUCUCGGUCGAGAGCAAAGACUGCUCAAGUGGUCGAGAUCGACAGCGACAGUGAUUGA